AUGGCCACGCCACUCCCCGAGAAGGAGAUCGAAAAUCCGCAGAGACUGCGCCAGCCUGAUGCAUCCUCCUCGUCUCAGGAUGAUGCGAUUCUCGAGGCUGAGAAGGAGAAAGCUGGUGGAGGCCUCAACGGCAAAUCCCAGCUUCCUCGUGACCCAACGGCUGGUACUACCUUGCACCAGCUAGAGAACAAGCCUGGCGAGAAAAUUGAGUUGACCGAAGACGACUGCUACGAUCAACUCGGUUAUGCAUGGCCAAGCUGGAAGAAAUGGAUGGUCAUCUCUGUGAUCUUCCUUGUCCAGACAUCCAUGAACUUCAACACCAGUCUUUACUCCAAUGCCCUUGGUGGCAUCUCGGAGGAAUUCGGUGUGAGUAUGCAGGCUGCGCGUUGUGGCGCAAUGAUAUUCCUUGUCCUGUAUGCCUUCGGCUGCGAGCUUUGGGCUCCGUGGAGCGAGGAACUUGGCCGCAAGCCAAUCCUGCAGGCGAGUCUCUUUCUUGUCAACAUCUGGCAGCUUCCUGUUGCCCUUGCACCCAACUUCGCCUCCAUCAUGGUAGGCCGCGCUUUGGGUGGUCUUAGUUCAGCUGGUGGUUCCGUUACACUUGGUAUGAUCGCCGAUCUUUGGGAAGCGGAUGAGCAGCAGUAUGCUGUUGCUUGUGUUGUUUUCUCCUCCGUUGCUGGCUCAGUCAUUGGUCCUGUGGUUGGCGGAUUUGUCGAAGAAUACUUGCCCUGGCGUUGGUGCAUCUGGAUUCAACUCAUCUUCGGUGGCUUCGUUCAAAUUGCACACUUGCUUCUUGUUCCUGAGACGCGGACCACAAUCUUGAUGGAUCGAAUCGCCAAGAAGAUGAGGAAGAGUGGCGAGAACCCCAACAUCUACGGACCCAACGAGCUCGUCCCUUACAGCGAGCGCUUCUCGAUGCGGGAGAUCCUUGUCACUUGGAUUCGUCCCUUCAAGAUGUUCUUGACCGAGCCCAUUGUCUUGACACUUUCGCUCCUGAGUGGCUUCAGUGACGCACUGAUCUUCAUGUUCAUCCAAUCCUUUGGCCUGGUUUACGAGCAAUGGGGCUUUGGCACUGUUGAACUUGGCUUGUCAUUCAUUCCUAUUCUCGUGGGCUACUUCAUUGCGUGGUUCUCCUUUGUGCCAGCUAUCAAGAGAAACAUUCGUGAGAGGCGCGAGAAGCCUGACGACGAACAGGCUCAGUACGAAUCGCGUCUUUGGUGGCUGCUCUGGACUGCUCCUUGCCUUCCAAUUGGCUUGAUUGGGUUCGCUUGGACCAGCUUGGGACCUCCUGUUCACUGGAUAGGUACAAUGGUUUUCUCCGCCAUUGUCGGCAUCGCCAACUACAGCAUUUACAUGGCAACCAUCGACUACAUGAUCUGUGCCUAUGGGCCGUACUCAGCUUCCGCCACUGGUGGAAACGGCUGGGCACGCGAUUUCCUUGCUGGUAUUUUGACAAUUCCCGCGACACCCUUCUUCCAGAAUAUCGGCGGCGAGCACCAUCUGGAAUAUGCAUCUACCAUUCUUUUCUGCAUUUCGUUCCUCUUGGUGAUUGCAGUAUAUGCUAUCUACUGGUACGGUCCGACGCUCCGUAAGCGAUCACCUUUCGCCCAGCAGUUGUCCGAUGCAAAGGCCGAACUGCAAAGCCAUGGCGCAAUCCACACCGGCAGGCUCUCGCGCGUCCCAACGGGCUCGCGAGCAAACUCCUUUGCUCGAUCGCAACAGAACUUGCGCAUCCGCCAAACCCUGGGAAGCCGACAGAACAGCUUUGCGGCGUCUCGUCCGACCUCGCGCACUGCUUCUGCGCGGCAAAGCUUCUCGGAGGUAUAA